GUAAAUGUCAAUCACAUUUUUUUAAAUUCUGGAAUCUUUUUAUUUUAAAAAAAUUCAAUGAAUUCAGCUACUAAAGUUGGAGAAAUCUUUGCUGCUGCUGGUGAGGCAUUUAGUAAAUUAGGAGAUAUGGCAAUGCAAUUAAAUUCCUCAAUGGAUCAAAAUACAUCAAAGAGUGGUAAGUGGACAAAUGAAGAAAUCGAUAUGUUGAAAAAUUCCAUUCAAACGUUUGCAAAUGAUUUAGAAAGAAUAAGCGAGCAUAUUAAAAAUAAGACAAUAUCUCAAAUAAGACAAACAUUGAAAAAGAAAGCAUACGAGGAAGCGGGGAUUCCUGAAAAUGCAAAGAUUUUGUCCUCUGAGAAUAACCUCGAACUCAAUAAUCAACAAAUUGUUAUAAGUAAUAUUGAUACACAAAGUUCACUGGUCGCAACUACUUUAAAUGAAGAUGAUAUUGUUGGCUCAAAUCUUAAUGAAAGCAUGGCAUCAAAGUUUGAAAUAAAUGUCAAACAAGAAAAUAUUUUAUUAAAUAGCGACAAUUGAUUUUUUUAAUAAAUCUUUAUUUUUAGUAGAUUUAUAUUAUAUUAAUUAUUUUUCAUAAUCUAUCAUCAUUUAAAAUUUAGCAUGUAAUGUUAUAUUAUU